AUAAGCUCACAUCGGCAAUAAAAAAGCAUCCCCGUCUCCCCUGAUUCUCUCCGCCCAGCUCAGCUCUGCUCCCCGCCGCUCCUCUCCGCGCCCCUUCAUCCCGGAUCUCGGCAUGGGCACCGCCACCACCAACGGCUCGGCGGAGCAGGCGUCCGCGCCCGUGCCGGCGCUCAAGUUCCUCAUCUACGGCCGCACGGGCUGGAUCGGGGGGCUGCUGGGCGGCCUCUGCGCCGCGCGCGGGAUCCCCUUCGUCUACGGCGCCGGCAGGCUCGAGAACCGCGCCCAGCUCGAGGCCGACAUCGACGCCGCCGCGCCCACCCACGUGUUCAACGCCGCGGGCGUCACGGGCCGCCCCAACGUCGACUGGUGCGAGACGCACCGCGCCGAGACCAUCCGCGCCAACGUCGUGGGCACGCUCACGCUCGCCGACAUCUGCCGGGGCCGAGGGGUCCUGCUCAUCAACUACGCCACGGGCUGCAUCUUCGAGUACGACGCCGGCCACCCGCUCGGCUCCGGGGUCGGCUUCAAGGAGGAGGACACGCCCAACUUCGUCGGAUCAUUCUACUCCAAAACCAAGGCCAUGGUAGAGGAAUUGCUCAAGAACUACGAGAACGUAUGCACCCUUCGUGUGAGGAUGCCUAUCUCAUCGGAUCUCUCCAAUCCUCGCAACUUCAUCACCAAAAUCACCCGGUACGAUAAGGUCGUCAACAUCCCGAAUUCAAUGACAGUACUGGACGAGCUCCUUCCCAUCUCGAUCGAAAUGGCGAAGAGAAACCUCACGGGAAUAUGGAAUUUCACUAACCCCGGCGUGGUGAGCCACAACGAGAUACUAGAGAUGUACAGAGACUACAUCGAUCCAGGCUUCUCCUGGAAAAACUUCAACCUGGAGGAGCAGGCAAAGGUCAUAGUCGCACCGAGGAGCAACAAUGAGCUUGACCAGACCAAACUGAAGAGAGAGUUCCCGGAGCUUUUGUCGAUCAAGGAGUCGCUGGUAAAAUAUGUUUUCGAACCAAACUGUAAGGCGUCCAAGGCUUGACAAGUGGAGGUGCGCACAGCUGUAUGUUGACGCUAUUUGUUCCAUCUGAAUUGACAUUACUCUCUCCGGGAACUCUCAAUAAGCACACCCCCUGUUUCGUGUGCAAUGCAUUUGAAACGGUUAGGUUUCUCAUAGGAGAUGUCAUGCUGCCAUACUCCUUUGUACUUUCAGAUUAUUGAACGGAGCGGGGCAAGCAAGGUGUAAUUUAGCUCAACUUUCGCAUUGGCUCCUGGCCUCCUGGGGCGUUAUCAUACCGUGCGGUUGGAAUGAACUGAG